AUGGAAGCCCUGGAGAGGAUAAAGUUCGACAUCGUCGGCCUCAGCGAGACACACGCGAAAGAAGAGCGCCACUCAAAGUGGAAACACGGUGAGCUCAAAGGCAGCGAACUGCACAUAGGAGCAGCGGACGGCCUCAAAGGCGGCAUAGGCUUCAUCGUGAACGCCAAGCUUUCCUCGCGAAUCCACUCCGUCGACGUCAGUUCAUCACGCGUCGGAGUGUUGAAGAUCAAGCUCGGAAGACGGUAUCUACUGACGGUCAUCCAGUGCUACGCCCCGCAUAGCGGCUACGAAGACCUAGAAGUCGAGUCCUUCUACGCCGAAGUCGAAGAGCACCUGGCAGCCCAGCGAGGACCGGUAGUCGUCAUGGGAGACUUCAACGCAAGAAUCGGACAGAACGAACCAGACGAGCUGUACGUAGGACAACAAAGUGCAGAACAACGCAACGACGCAGGCACCCGCCUAGCCGCUUUUGCGGAGGCCCAGAAACUGUACGUCGCAAACACGCUGUUCGAAAAGCCCUGCCUGAAGCGAUGGACAUGGCAGUUGUCUGACCUGAAGACGAAAAGCGAGCUCGACUACGUCUUGUACGGCGACCGGAAAAGCAUCCAAAACCUGGAAGUGCUAAACCAGUUCAAUGCCCGAAGCGACCACCGUCUAGUCCGAGCAACAAUACGCGUAGACAUGAAGAAGCUUAGAAGAAAAGCGCUUCUCAGGAGGCCAUGCCGUCCGACGGAAUUAGAUGAGGCCAAGUUCCAGAAGCUGGUCGCAGAGGCAGACUGGAGCGGGCAAGGCGGAGGCAGAAUGAUGGAGCAGUACAAGCGGCUCCAAGCGACUCUGACGCAGUGCGCUACGGGUGCUGUUAUCAGGAAGGAGAGUACACGUCACACGUGGAAAACUCCUGAGACGGAAGACCUCCUGAAGCAGCUACAGCAGGCAAAGUCCCGAGGAGACUCUGAAGAAGCGAAGAGCCUAUCGAAGCUCUGCCGAACAAAAGUCGCCGAGGACUACGAGAGCUACAGAACUGCCGCCUGGUCAAAACGGCCGAAAAGCGCAAGAGCCUGA